AUGGAGAGGGAGCCGGGCGACGAGGCCAGCGUUCCGCAGCCCGUGCAGGUUUUGUUCCACAUAAAGGAGGAGUCCGGCGACAACCAGGCCGGCUACCUGCUCGACUUUGGCGGCGGCCUGGCCGCGGGCGAGGGCCACGACUCGGCCCUGACCGUGGCCGCCCGCGAGAUGAGCGAAGCGACGGCGGGCGCGUUCAGUCUCAGCCCCGACGAGCUGGCCCGGCAGCCCACCGCCGCCAGCCUCCGGGCCGCCCAACGAUGA